AUGAUCAGAGAACUGAACUGUAUACGUGUUUGGAAGAAAUGUUUGGUGUAUCCUGUUGCUUUUGGGAACUUGCGCAACAUCGUCUCCUUUAUAAAACUCGUCGAGAAGCCAACAACUCUGUGGAAAGCCAAGAUGUCGCGGUGGGGAAUCUUAGCUCUUCUGUUGUCUCUGAUAACCAUCUGUCAAGGAGGUGACGGAGGGACUCCCAGCCACGGGUUCCAUGGGUUCCGGGAUCUGCCUUGUCCAAACGCUGAAGAUAUCUUGCCUUGCACAUGCAAUGCAGACGAAAAUAGUCGCAUGGACAUGGACUGCUCGCACGUGGAAAGCGAGGAGCAACUCGAGAGGGUAUUCUCCGCGACCUUCCCCUUCAGCACGUUCCGUAAUUUCACCAUCUUUAACAACACCUUCCUGACGCUCUUGCGCAAUCAGUCCCUAGGCACCGCCUCCUUCACGGGCGUCUACUUCACCAACAGCGUCCUGGAAAUGGUGGAACCUUACGCCCUCUCGAACAGCUUUGCCACAGCCCAAGUCAUCAACAUGCAGAAGAACUUGCUGGUCUCCUUUCCCUUCGAAACCCUGCCCUCUUUCACCAGCCUCCUGGAGCUCGACCUCAGCGACAACAGACUUACUGUCCCACCACUUGAGUCCGAGACGCUGCUCAUGCUCGACCUCUCCAACAACGAGAUCACCAACGUCUCAGCCACGGCUUUCUCUGCUGUGCCGCAACUCUCGGAAAUUGACCUGAGCGGAAACCAGAUACCCCAGAUUCAAACGGGGACCUUCGCAGGGCAUCAUAACCUAUACCACGUGAGCCUAGAAUCGAACAUCCUGAAAUAUAUUCCCGAGGGCGCCAUACAACUGACGUCCAGUAAGCCAGGACACUAUUUCUGA